GUUCGAAUCAAAAAUCGGUCUUUUGACACGACUCGCCGUAAAAUCAUCGAACUUUUCCCAUUUUUCAAAUUUUUUAUAGGAAAAAAUCCUUGACUUGAGUGAAAAAAGAUGCCGGUCAUUGGCGUAAAACGAGACGAGCUCUUCAAGGCACUCGGCAAGACUUACACUGAACAAGAGUUUGAAAAGUUCUGUUUUGACUUUGGCAUCGAAUUGGAUGAUGUGACAUCGGAACGACAAAUGUUGAGUAAAGAACAAGGAGAUUCAGCUGCUUUGAAAGAUGCUUCCGACGAGGUUAUUUACAGAAUUGAGCUGCCAGCGAAUCGUUCGGAUCUUUUAAGUUUAGAGGGACUCGCAUCUGCCUUGCUUGUCUUUCAAGGAAAAGAACAACCGCCAACUUUCAAAGCGAUUCCUGCCAAAAAUGGAAAAAAUGAAAAACUCACAGUCAAAGCAGCUACAUCGCAAAUUCGUCCCUUUGUUGUUGCGGCAAUUUUACGCGAUAUUACCUUCACGAAGGAAUCGUACGAGCGCUUUAUCGACUUGCAAGACAAAUUACAUCAAAAUAUUUGUCGAAAACGGGCUUUGGUAGCGAUUGGAACGCAUGAUCUUGACACAAUUAAAGGUCCUUUUGUCUAUGACGCGAAACCUCCGACGGAAAUAAAGUUCAAACCGUUGAAUCAAGAGAAAGAAUACACCGCAGCGGAGUUAAUGGAGCUCUAUAGCACUCAUGCACAGCUAAAAGCUUACUUACCCAUCAUCAAAGAUUCGCCCGUUUAUCCCGUAAUUUACGACGCAAACGGAGUUGUGCUCUCGUUGCCUCCAAUUAUCAACGGAGAUCAUUCAAAAAUCACGCUGAACACGAAAAAUGUCUUUAUUGAGUGCACAGCGACGGAUUUGACACGCGCGAAAUGCGUUUUAGACACAGUUGUUGCUCUUUUUUCGUCGCAUUGCAAGGAAAAAUUUGUCGCGGAGAUUGUCGAAGUUGUUUCUGCCGAUGGAAAAGUGACAAAAUAUCCCGAACUCGCGUACAGAACGGAAACAAUAACAGCAAAACAAGCAAAUGAGUACAUUGGUAUCGAUGAAAAACCCGAAAAAAUCGUCGAAUACUUGAACAAACUCUAUUUGAAGUCGAAAUUGAAGCCAAAUGGCGUCAUUGAUGUCGAAGUUGGACCCACACGACACGAUAUCUUGCAUGCUUGCGAUAUUUUUGAAGAUAUUGCCAUUGCUUACGGGUAUAAUAACAUCCCAAAACGACCUCCAGGCAUUUUUCAAGUAGCUCGUCAAUAUCCAAUCAACAAACUUACCGACCAAUUACGAGAAAACGUUGCUCAAGCAGGUUUCACCGAAGCUCUGACCUUCACAUUGUGCUCUCGUGACGACAUCGGUGCCAAAUUGAAUCACAAAAUUGAGGAAAUCGCAGCUGUUCACAUUUCCAACCCAAAAACGCUCGAAUUUCAAGUUUGUCGUACGACGUUGCUUCCGGGGCUGCUAAAAACGCUCGCAGCAAACAAAAAUAUCCCCUUGCCCGUGAAACUUUUCGAAAUUUCCGAUAUUGUAGCGGCUGAUGAGGAAAGAGAAACAGGCGCUUAUAACGAACGGCGAUUGUGUGCCGUGAAUUGCGCGAAAUCAGCAGGUUUUGAAGUCGUUCAUGGAUUGUUGGAUCGUGUCAUGCAAUUGUUGCAAGUGCCUUGGACAAAAGAUGGAACGGGAUAUUAUUUGAAGGCGUUUGAUGACCCGACGUAUUUUCCCGGAAGAUGUGCGAAAAUCAUGUUCAAGGGAGAUUGUAUCGGGGUAAUUGGCGUUUUGCAUCCCACAGUUUUGCAUGCUUUUGAGCUGAAGACUCCGUGUGCUGCGAUGGAAAUUAAUCUCGAACCGUUUGUGUAAAAAAAAAGUUUAA